UCCCCCCCAUUGUUCUACUUUUUUGUUUUAUCAAAACGACAUCCAGACAACUCGCUUUUUUUUUGCAAAAAGCAAUUAUCACCCACCACCCACAUCUCAUUCUUCACAUUUCAAUAAAAUAUUGCCAAAGAUGCCUGUGACAACUCUCCCCAACAACGGCGCCACGCUUGCUGUCCCGUCUCACCUCCGCAUUGUGCCUGCGUUCAAUGUGGAGGCCGACAGGGAGCGCUGGAACGUUGUUGAGCAGCUUCUGGCCAAGGAUUUUGCCAGUCACCAUGUCGAGGUCUUGAACCGUCAUACCAAAGAGUACCAGCCCAACUAUGCUGUGCAUGCCUUGUUGAGCUUUUACAAAAUCAAUGCGAGCGAGACGGUCAUGAAGGAGCGCUACGACCUCGAAUCCAAAAUGCUUGACCCGGCUGGUCCGGUCACUGUCAAAAUCACGGCGGACAAUUGGACCGAAUAUCUCGGCAAAGGACAGACCCAUUACACUGCGUACACCCAAUUCUUUCUGACGGAAAUCGAAACCAACGGAAUCAAACCUACCAUCGCCACCUAUCUCCCCACUCUUGUUCGCGGUCUCGGCAAUGACUGUUUCCACCCUCUUGUCCACCUCGGCCUCGGUCUCGAAUUCCAACACCCUUUUGUCAUUGCUCAAGGUCUCGCCUACUGGGCCUACACCUACACACCCAUCAUCGACUCUCUCCCCCCAACCGUUGACGACGACGACACGGCAAAUGUUCUCGAAAUCCUCCAGGACGCCCGUGAAGAUGUUCGCUUUGACCCCGAACAGAUUCAUCCCCACUGGGGUCAACUAGAGUUUCACAAACGAGUCCGCAAGGCCGUCGGCAGCAAAUUGGGCCAAGACCUUGCCGAACUCGUCUCUGAAUGGAAAAUUGAGGAAAACGAGCACUCUAUUCGUGCAGCUCUUGAAGAGCUCACCAACGCUGUUGUGUUGGUUGCCGUCACAACUGGGCAUGUAUUUCCUCAACAACUCGACUUUCCCCUAAUGCAAGGUCUUAUCGCCUGUAAAUACCUUCAUACCACCCUCGCCUUCCUCCCGACCCAAAAAGAUCAAAUUCACCUUCUCCGCAGAUUCCUCCUCGUCUUAUUAGCUCUCUACGUCUCCCAAGGUCGCCCAAACCUCCACCCAGACCGCCUCGAAACCGCCUACUUUGACUCUAUGGACAUGGAACCGCUCUCUACUUCUCCGCCCGUCGGAUCCCCGACGUUGCCUUCUACUCCUGCCCUCAUGGCCCGCGAAUGGCACGCCCUCUGUGGCGCUCCCGCUCAUUUGGACGAUGAUGUCCAUGUCAUGGAGGCUUGUGCCGCUUUGAAAAUGUUUGAAGACCUUUAUGGUGAAAAGAGUGGUGCGUAUCUGAAGGCUGCCAAAGUGGUCAGAAGCGUCGUCAAAACUGGAAGUGGUGAAGAGUGGGAAUUUAGAGGUUGUGGAUACCCCCAGGCCAGCUCGUUUUUGUUGGAGGAAGAGGAAUAGAAAAAAAAAGAAUAAUGUAGAGGGCUGGCCUUUUUCUUGUGGUUUGUUGCUUUGUAGAUUUUGGUUUGGUUUGCUUCCGCUUUUUGAUCUGGGUCAGAUUUGACCAUUGGAUCGUGUACAUUAUAUUCAAAAUAAAAACUUGCUAAAAUACCCGAGAA